AUGGCGUCUGCAGAUGUUGAAUACAGAUGCUUUGUUGGUGGUCUAGCAUGGGCCACCACAGACCUUUCACUCGAGAAAGCCUUUGCUCAAUUUGGAGAAGUCACCGAAUCGAAGAUUAUUAAUGAUCGUGAAACUGGAAGAUCGAGGGGUUUUGGAUUCGUUACCUUCAAGGACGAUCAGUCGAUGAGGGACGCUAUUGAAGGAAUGAACGGUCAGGAUCUUGAUGGCAGGAAUAUUACUGUCAACGAGGCUCAAUCUCGCGGCGGCGGCGGCGGAGGAUUCCGUGGUGGUCGUCGUGAGAGUGGCGGCGCCGGAGGUGGCUACGGCCGUCGUGAUGGAGGCUACAAAGGAGGAAACGGUGGUGGAUAUGGAGGCGGAUACGGUGGCGGCCGUGAACGCGGAUAUGGCGGUGACCGUGGUUACACUAGAGGCGGCGGUGAUUCCGAAGGCAACUGGAGGAAUUAG